AUGAUUGAAGAAUUGGAAGAUCUGUCACAGAAGGCAAAGUCAAGUUUCAGUUUAUCGCUUCGCAAACUUCCUCAGCCCAUGUCGCUUGGAGAGAUGGCAAAAACUUGGGAUGCUUGUGCUCGGGCGGUUUUCUCGGAGUUAGCGAAGCGCUUGGGAGGAGGAAGCUUCAGUUCAAUGUAUGGCAUGUGGGAGAAAUGCGUACCUGCUGCUUGA